GCGGGCCCCCCGCACAUCAGAUUAUUACCUUAUUUUGAGAGCCACCAAGACAUUGGUCAUCCUAAAGAUCAUGUGACCAGUGAGACAACACCAUCAUGUCAUCGAGGCCUUUUGAAAGUCCACCUCCCUAUAGACCUGAUGAAUUCAAACCAAAUCAUUAUGCACCAAGCAAUGACAUAUAUGGUGGAGAAAUGCACGUUCGAUGGAUGCUGUCUCAGCCAGCCUAUUCUUUUUACCCAGAAGAUGAAAUCCUUCACUUCUACAAAUGGACCUCUCCUCCAGGAGUGAUAUGGAUUCUGUCUAUGCUCAUUAUCGUGAUGUGCAUUGCAGUAUUUGCCUGUGUUGCCUCCACACUUGCCUGGGACAGAGCCUAUGGAACUGGCCUUCUAGGAAGUGAUGGUUACCCUUACGGAGGAAGUGGCUUUGGUAGCUACGGCUAUGGCUAUGGUUAUGGCUACGGUUAUGGCUAUGGGGCAGGCUAUACUGAUCCAAGAGCGGCCAAGGGCUUCCUGUUGGCCAUGGCUGCCUUUUGUUUCAUUGCUUCAUUGGUGAUAUUUGUUACCAGUGUUAUAAGAUCAGAACUGUCCAGAACAAGGACAUAUUACUUGGCUGUAAUAAUACUGAGUGCCAUCCUGGGCAUUAUGGUGUUUAUUACCAUGAUUGUCUAUAUAAUGGGUGUCAAUCCUACUGCCCAGGCAUCUGGAUCUAUGUAUAGCUCACAGAUAUAUACACUCUGUAGCCAGUUCUAUGGACCUGCAGUUAGUAGCCUCUACAUGGACCAAUAUUUGUAUCACUACUGUGUGGUGGAUCCCCAGGAGCUGGCUAUUGCCAUUAUGCUGGGGUUCCUGAUUAUGGUGGCUUUUGCUUUAAUAAUUUUCUUUGCUGUGAAAACACGAAGAAAGAUGGACCAGUAUGAUAAGUCUAAUAUUUUGUGGGACAAAGAAAGCAUUUAUGAUGAGCAGCCCCCCAAUGUUGAAGAGUGGGUUAAAAAUAUGUUCGCGGGCACAGAAGAUAUGCCUCCGCCCCUGUCUAACUAUGUGGAGAGAGUUGACAGUCCCAUAGCAUACUCUUCCAAUGGCAAAGUGAAUGGCAAACAGUCCUAUCCAGAAUCUUCCUAUAAAUCCACACCCUUGGUACCUGAAGUGGUGCAGGAGCUUCCGCUGACCUCCCCUGUGGAUGACUUCUGGCAGCCUCGGUACAGUAGCACCAGUAACCUGGAGACACCUUCAAGGAGAGCUCCCAUGAAGGGAAAAGCAGGCAAGCCGAAGCGAGCAGAGCAGCACCACUACGAAACAGACUAUACAACCGGCAGCGAGCCCUGCGACGAGCUGGAGGAGGACUGGAUCAGGGAGUAUCCACCCAUCACUUCAAAUCAGCAAAGACAGCUCUAUAAGAAAAACUUUGACAGUGGCCUGCAGGAAUACAAGAGCUUACAAGCAGAACUUGAUGAGAUCAACAAAGAACUUUCUCGUUUAGAUAAAGAAUUGGACAACUAUAGAGAAGAAAGUGAAGAGUACAUGGCUGCUGCAGAUGAAUACAACAGACUAAAGCAAGUUAAACGAUCAGCAGAUUACAGAAGUAAGAGGAAUUACUGCAAACAACUGAAGAGCAAAUUAUCGCACAUCAAGAGGAUGGUUGGGAACUAUGAUAGACAGAAAACGUAGAGAGCAGAUGCCACAGUGCUGGAACAAUGAAGGAGUCUGGGGUCUCAGUGAUGUUCUCACAAGGCAAACGACUGGACUAGGAAGCCAAAACUUGGUUAUCUUUGUUAUCAUUACAGAGUUUUGGUAGCUUUUAUAUCAUCAGUAUUGAAGCAUUUUAUAGCUUUUGUUAAUUAGUUGGGCUGAAUACUCCAGUUAAAGGUUUUAUGCUUUAAACAUUGGUUCCUGUAUUAAGAACAGAAUACUGGGCCAGGCUUUAUGCCACACACCUGCAAUCCUUGUGCUCUGGGAGGCUGAAGCAAGAGGACUGCAAGGUCAAGCCCUACCUGGGCAGCUCAGCAACUUGGUGAGACCUGUUUUGUUUUUGUUCGUUUGUGUGAGACAAGGUCUCACUCUGUAUUGUAGGUUGGCCUUGAACGCACAAAGCCUCCUGAAAAAAAACCUGCUGGGGAUGUAGCUUAGCAUGAAACUGAGUUUCCCUGUACUAGGAGAAAAAAGAACAAAAUGCUGUUUGAGGUUUUUUGACAGUUGAUGUCUUAAUACCUACAUCUUAUCACAUAAGCAGUCUCACUAACCCUACCAACAACCCUUCUGAUAACUUCUUUAUAAUCAUUUAUUUGCAGAUAAAGAUACUUAGUCCUUGCAUUUAAGUUUCUGAAAUGAAACUGCUUGUUCAAAUGUGCAGUUUUGGUUAAGUCUGUUUUAUGACUGUUUAUCCAUAAAGUCCCUGCCUCUCACAUUUUAGCUGUUGUGUAUACUGAGUUCUACCAGCCUCACUUAUUGAUUUUUUUUCAGUUAUUAUAUUUAAAUGGGUAAAAAGUUUGUUAUUCUGUUUUGUUUUAUGUUACUAUGGUAAUUGAGAUCAUGUCAAAUUAAUAAAUGUGUGAAAUUUAAAGAUUGUAAAUAUUUACUUUUAAAAAUCUAAGCUUAAAUCUAGUU